UUCCCUGCUCUGCGGCGACCUUGCGCGCGUCCGUCCAGCUCCAAUAUAAGGCCGGACUCGACGUACUCAUGCCACUCGAGCUUCCUUUGCGCCGUCGCCAUGAAGCUGUCUUUGGUACUGGUGGCGCUGGCUCUCCUAUGGUGCUCCGCUGAGGCCAUACCUGGCCCUUCUGCUCUACCCCAGCCCACCGCGGGGGCCGUGGCCAAUCCUGAAGCUGCUCCUGACGCUGCCGCCGACCCUGAAGCCUAUAGGAGACGCUAUGGCCGUGGUAGAUAUGGGUACUACAGGCCAAGCCACUCGGUUCAUUACUACCAUGACCACCACCACCACCUAGUUUGUGAUCACGAUCACUGCCACGACAUAGUCCAUUAUCACUGAGAACACAGUCUCAAUUACGAUGGCGAAGUAAGUUCACUUUCUCGGAGACAUGGUACUCAGUAUCACAGCUAUUCCAGUCCUCUAUAAUCUGGGAGAUUUAAUACAAAAGGAAUAAUUAACAUCGCCCCAUAUGUGAUAUGUUCAGACGCAUAUCCCAAAAAUCUGUUGUAAGAAUUGAACCUGUAAAUCUUCCAUGAAAUUCGAGUCGCUUUUAACUGCUUCAUUAUGAGGCGCAAACUGUCACAAUGAAAAUGUGCUUAGAACUUGAUGCGUCAAAGCUAAUAAAUCGACCACAUGA